UGUACUGAACUAAUGUUACUGUGUUGCACUGGCGUCAUUCGGAAACAAGCUCUGAAAAAGCAGCUUAAACUGCCAUUCGGAUCAACAGAAAUACUUUAACGAGAUGGUUUGCAACUUUAUGAUCUAUUAUGCGGAUACAUCCAGGACAGCAGAUAUUUAGGACCUAGGAGUUCACAUGCCCUGCUUUGUCAGAAAUUCAUUACAGAUGCACAAAACAGAUUUUAUAUAUAUAAUUAUUCUGCUUCAUUAUGAGUAAUGACAUCUUCCAAACAUCUUUGAGCUGUACCACUAGUACAGGGACGGGAAGAACACAUAAGGAUGAAAGGGAAACCCACAGUAAUGCUUCUCCCGGAAUGACUGACAGCCAGUCCGUCCUUCCCGGGCUGGACAUCCUAACAGUACCUCAGCUAACACACUCAGACGACACUGAUACCCAUUCCAGCGGGAAUGACUCGACCGAGAGGGAGAGCGAAGGACACAUGGGGCGAGAAACAUCCACCUGCAGCUCUCACAAUGGCAAGGGUUCAACCACAGAGACUACAGAAAGCAAGAGCUCAAAUGGAAACAGUCCCUCCCCUCCUAGCAGCUCGGUGUCAUUCAGUCUUUUGAGUGGCAGCUCGGAGCCGACCUCCCUAUCAGCCAGCGGUGACCAGGCGGCCCGGCUGCAGACCCAGAGAGAGCUGCUGAAGGCCCUGCGCGAGCUAAAGGUCCGCAUGCCGGCGGAACGGCGCAGGAAGGGCCGAUCUAGCACCCUAGCCUCCCUGCAGUAUGCGCUUAGCUGUGUCAAGCAAGUGAGAGCUAAUCAAGAGUACUACCAUCAGUGGAGUGUGGAAGAGAGCCAUGGGUGUUGUUUGGACCUGUCGUCGUUUACUAUCGAAGAGCUAGACAACAUUACAUCAGAGUACACCCUUCAAAACACGGACACGUUCUCUGUGGCGGUGUCGUUCCUCUCUGGUAAAGUGGUGUACAUCACAUCCCAGGCGGCCUCUCUGCUGCGCUGUAAACCCGAGAGGCUUCAGGGGGCUCUGUUUUCGGAGCUGCUCGCGCCUCAGGACGUCGGCACCUUUUACAGCAGCACCGCUCCCAGCCGCCUGCCGGCGUGGUCCUCCUGCGCAGGCACCACCUCACAGGUGGACUGUGCAGAGGAAAAGUCAAUGUUUUGUCGGAUCAGCAGAGGUAGGGACAGUGACGGUAAUGAAGUGAAGUAUUACCCCUUCCGUCUCACGCCAUAUCAGCUAACCCUGAGGGACUCCGACACGUCCCAACCUGAGCCCUGCUGCCUCCUCAUCGCUGAGAGAGUUCACUCUGGCUACGAGGCACCUCGUAUCCCAGCAGAUAAGAGAAUUUUUACCACCAGUCAUACCCCAAACUGUCUCUUCCAAGAAAUUGAUGAAAGGGCAGUGCCAUUACUUGGUUACAUGCCUCAGGACUUGGUUGGGAAACCGGUGCUUAUUUACUUGCAUCCAGAAGACCGACUCCUUAUGGUGGCCAUUCACAAGAAAAUUAUCCAGUUUGCAGGGCAGCCAUUUGACCACUCGCCCCUGCGUAUGCGUGCACAAAGUGGGGAGUACCUGACCCUCGACACCAGCUGGUCAUCCUUCAUCAACCCCUGGAGCAGGAAGGUGGCUUUCAUAGUGGGACGCCACAAAGUUCGAACGAGUCCAUUGAACGAGGACGUGUUCACUGCCCCGGAGGGCGGGGAGAUGAGAACCAUGUCCCCAGAUGUGCCGCAGCUGAACGAGGUGAUCCAAAGGUUCCUGGUGCAGCCCAUUCAUGCUGGCAGCUCACUGGGGUACGGCAGCCUGGGCAGCAGCGGCUCGCACGAGCACCAGCAAGGUGCCACUUCCUCCUCUGAGAGUAACGGACAUGCUUCCGGGGACCAGAUCAAGCCCAGGAAACCAAUGACGUUUGAGCAGAUUUGUAAAGACAUGCACAUGGUAAAGGCCAGUGGACAGCAAGUCUUCAUUGAAUCCCGAAACCGACCGCCAGCUCUCAAACCGGGUAGCUUAGAAGCACUGGCAAAGGCAGCAGACACAGCAGAAGCCUCUUCUAGAGAAGGUCUGGCAGGUUUGGCACUGUCAACUCCACCUAGGAAGGAGCUGCCCACCAUCUACUCAUACCAGCAGAUCAACUGUCUGGAUAGCAUCAUACGAUAUCUGGAGAGCUUUAAUGUCCCUGGCACAGUGAAGAGGAAGUGUGGCUCAUCUUCCUAUACAACCUCUUCUACCUCUAAUGAUGAUAAACAAAGGGAAGAAGCUGGAGCAACCAAAGAGACUCUUGUGGUGACUGAGGGGUCAAAGGUUGUCCCUGCAGCUCCAGGACACCCCCUAACCCCUCUGGCUCUGCACUGUAAGGCAGAAAGCGUUGUCUCUGCCACUUCCCAAUGCAGUUUCAGCAGCACCAUCGUUCAUGUUGGUGACAAGAAGCCACCUGAAUCGGACAUUAUUAUGAUGGAGGAGCCACCAACCACCCCAACACCUUCCACGUCAGUUCCAACCACUGCUGUUGCCUCUGCCAUGCCUGAGAACCCUCAGCAGACCCCGUCCCCCACUGCUGCUGUUCCCGAGAAAGAAAAGGAGAAGGAGAGAAGAGGUGGAGGAAGUGCAGGAAAGGGCCUCACGAAGGCGAUGUUAUCCACACACACCCAGCAAGAAGAGCAAGCCUUCCUCAACCGUUUUAGAGACAUCAGCCAGGUGCGGAUGGUCCAACCCAGCGAGCCACCACAGCUCAGAAGCACGUCUACACCUGGGACAAAAGGAGUGAAUAGCCCCCAGAACUAUCCUUCUCUAGAUAACAGCAAGAGUCGUCGGCAUGGCAGAGGUGGGAAAAGACGGAAACACCAAAUAGAAGACAACAUUCCGGACAUUCCCUCCCUCUCUUUAUCUGGCCCCCAUAGAGGAUCUAAUCCUGCAGCAAUAAGACCCAACUUCCCCUUAAUCCAGCACUCUUCCACAUCUUGGCAACCAUCUGUGGCAUCCCAGACAAGUCAUGCUCCCGUGAUGACCUCCGUUCCACCAGGCUACAUGCCCAUGUUUCCCAUUUCGUCGCCUUUCUUGAUGCCCCAGAUGGGAACGGAUCCUUCUUUGCAAGGUGUCCCUAGGUUCCCCAUGCAAGGCUUUCCUCCAGUGUUGCCACCAGCCAUGACCUUCAUGAUGCCCAACUAUAUUUUUCCACAACUUGGUAAUCCAGGACCACAGUUGAACCCAGCCAACUUGCAGCUCAGUGGGCAACUGCCUGCCCAGAUGAACCCCUUGGGCCAGUUCCCUUGCUCUUUUGUUCAAAUGAACCCUGGUGUGCCAUCGUUUAAUCCUGCAGUAGGGCAGUUACAUCCAUUGGGCUCUCAAAUGAAUCCCACUAUGCCUGCAGUGAUUCCCCAGCAGUUCUACAACCCAAAUCCCCCGUUCAUUUUCCCCAACUCUCCAUCAAUGCCAGCAGGAAAUGCCAACACUACACUACAUGGACAGUCUCGUUCCAGCACACCCCAGUCCACCGGGCAACAGGCUGGCGAGAGAGAAGGGACCGGAUCCCCUCUUUUUCAGUCCCGAUGCUCCUCCCCACUCAAUCUUCUACAACUUGAGGAAUUGCCAAGCAACAGAACAGAUGCUACGCUACAGACUCCACCGCCAGGAUUAGGAGCAACACAAGUGGGCGGGACUGUGGUGCCGAAUUCCUGCAAUCGCAGCAACACCAAAGAUGCCAAACCAAAUAACAGCCAUGAAGUCAAUGAGUCAAACCAGGACUCCAUGUCGACCUCCAGUGACAUGCUGGACCUACUGCUGCAAGAGGACUCCCGCUCAGGAACUGGAUCCGCCGCCUCAGGUUCUGGGUCUUCAGGGUCUGGGUCUGGGUCUGGGUCUGGAUCAUUUGCCUCUGGAUCAAAUGGGUGUAGCACAUCUGGAAGUGGCACUAGGAGCAGUAAUACAAGCAAGUACUUUGGAAGCAUUGACUCGUCAGAGAAUGAUCACACUCAUAAACCAGCAUCUGAGGAUCGGGAAGGGGAACAGUUCAUAAAUUUUGUCCUGCAGGACCCCAUCUGGCUCCUCAUGGCCAACACAGAUGACAAGGUUAUGAUGACAUACCAGAUUCCCAUCAAAGACAGAGACUCAGUACUGAAAGAAGACAGAAACGCCCUGAAAGCUGUUCAGCAGCAUCAGCCUCACUUUACUGAAGAGCAGAAGAAAGAGUUAACUCAGGUUCACCCCUGGAUUCAAACGGGCUGCCUACCAAAAGCCAUCAACAUUACAUCUUGCACAGGAUGUGCAACUUCCCCGGAUUGCUUGACUCCUCCAUUCGAUUUGGAAUUUCAUGAGAUGGAUCUCAGCAUGGUUUUGAGAGAAGAGGCCAAACAACAAGAUAAACUUAUCACUGCAGAAAUAGCCUUUCCCUUGAGCCCCCCUUCAUCUGAUUAUGAACAGAUAGACAAUCAGGCCAGCACGAGCACGUAGGAGUGGGCCAUGGAGGAGGUGGAAGUGACAUAAUCAGUGAAAGUGAAGAGGGACUACAGACUGCUGGACAGUGAAUGGUUGUGCUGCUGCCUCAUAGACUUUUAGGACCAAGUUGAAUUUGGACCAAGCUGAAAGUGUGAAAGAUUUAUGAACUUUUAUCCUCUCAGAUGAUGUCAGUAUAUCAAUCUGAACAAUAGAGAGAAGAAGGGAAAGACUUCCUUUAAUUUUUACAGCUCAAAGGGAAUAUGUUUUGAGAUGUUAACCUGUUGCACGUGGUGGAUGUUAGAACAUUGUUGCACUAUAUUCUGCUUCCAGGUUCUUAUAAUUAUUUAUGAGCCUGCCUGGACUUAUCCUUUGACAGGCGCUAUUUCAGAAUUAUUCAUGACACCAUACGACCUUUUCCUAUUACAGGCAGUUCUUCAAACCAUGAGUUAUUGAGUUUAUAGAAUUAUGAACAGUUGGACCAGGAAUUUACUGAUUUCACAUAAGUUUGAAAUAAGACAGUCUGACAUCCAUAGCCCUUUUUACAGACACUGUGUGUCAAUUCUCAAACCGUUCUGAAUGAUUCCCAGGAAUUAUGGC